ACCAUACCAGUUUCUGCAAACGUCCCCACGAAAGAAGGGAACACGUAACCAAGCCGUCAACACUCCCACCCUAUUCCCCCCAUUUACCGCAACCCAAUCUUUCUGCCCGUUCCCUUCUUCUCUGCACUCUCUGUCCCAAUUUCCUCCCUUCCCCACCUACUCUUAGCCGCCGGCAUCCAUGGCUUACAACGAUGCCGACAGUCGGAAAGUCAUUUACCUCCACGGGGACCUCGAUUUGCACGUCAUUGAAGCUCGAAGGCUUCCUAACAUGGAUUUAACCUCCGAGCGCCUCCGCCGCUGCUUCUCCCCCUGCAACUUCUGCGCCGCUCCACCUCCCGUCACCACCGCCGCCGACGGCGAAGCAAGGGACCACAAGCUGCACAAGCACCGCAAUAUCAUCACCACGGACUCCUACGUCACCGUCGUCGUCCCCCAAGCCACGAUCGCCCGCACCCACGUUGUCAAGAACUCCCAAAACCCUAGGUGGAACUACCGGUUCCAUCUCCAGCUUGCGCAUCCGUGCUCCGAGCUUGAGUUCCACGUCAAGGAUGACGACGUUUUCGGGGCGCAGCUUGUUGGAAAGGCUGCAAUUCCCGCCGAGAAGAUCGCUUCGGGGGAGGUUCUCAGCGGCUGGUUCCCGAUUGUCGGCCCCGGCGGCCAGACGCCUAAGCCGGACACUGCACUGAGGCUCGAGAUGAAGUUCAUUGCUGUUGACAAGAAUCCGCGCUAUCUCCAUGGCAUUGCCGGCGAUCCUACUCACAGCGGCGUCACUGACACCUACUUCCCUUUGAGGAAAGGGAGCAAGGUGACAUUGUACCAGGACGCUCACGUCCCCUGUGGCUCGUUGCCGGAGAUUCAACUUGACGGCAGCAUGGUUUAUAAGCAGCCACAGUGUUGGGAGGAUCUUUGCUAUGCCAUAUCAGAGGCUCACCAUAUGAUUUACAUUGUGGGAUGGUCUGUGUUCCAUAAGAUUAAGCUGGUUAGAGAACCAACUCGGCCAUUGCCACGAGGUGGGGAUUUGACUCUUGGUGAGUUGCUCAAGUAUAAGUCCGAGGAAGGAGUCAGAGUUCUGCUGCUGGUUUGGGAUGACAAAACCUCUCAUGAUAAAUUUGGCAUCUCUACGGGUGGAGUGAUGCAAACUCACGAUGAAGAGACAAAGAAGUUUUUCAAGCAUUCUUCAGUGAUCUGUGUGUUAUCACCUCGCUAUGCCAGCAGUAAGCUUAGCAUUUUGAAACAAUCGGUUGUUGGAACUGUCUUUACACAUCAUCAAAAAUGCGUUCUUGUAGACACACAGGCUCCCGGUAAUAACAGGAAGUUAACUGCAUUUAUGGGAGGACUUGAUCUUUGUGAUGGGCGGUAUGACACCCCGGAGCACCGGCUAUUUCGUGAUCUUGAUUCUUGCUUCAAGGAUGAUUUCCACAAUCCUACAUUUCCUGCGGGGACCAAGGCUCCCAGGCAACCAUGGCAUGACUUGCAUUCUAGAAUUGACGGGCCUGCUGCAUAUGACCUUCUUAUAAACUUUGAGCAGCGUUGGAGGAAAGCAACAAAGUGGAAAGAGUUUGGACUUCGUUUGAAAAAGGUUUCACAUUGGAAUGAUGAUGCUCUAAUAAAGAUAGAAAGGAUCUCAUGGAUAGUAAGUCCUCCCUUGAGCGUAACAAAGGAAGGCGUGACAGUUGUUCCCUCGGAUGAUCCUAUAGUACAUGUCUCCGGUGAACAAGAUCCUGAAAACUGGCAUGUUCAGAUCUUCCGUUCCAUUGACUCUGGAUCAUUGAAGGGAUUUCCAAAGACUGUUGGUAAAUGUCAGGCACAGAAUCUCACUUUUUCAAAAAAUCUGGUGAUAGAUAGAAGCAUUCAAACUGCAUAUAUACAGGCAAUCCGAUCUGCACAACAUUUUAUUUACAUUGAGAAUCAGUAUUUUGUUGGAUCAUCAUAUGGCUGGCCUUCAUACCAAAAUGCAGGAGCUGAUAAUCUAAUACCAAUGGAGCUGGCAUUGAAGAUUGCAGAGAAAAUUAGAGCCAAUGAGAGGUUUGCAGUGUAUGUUGUUAUGCCAAUGUGGCCAGAAGGAGACCCAAAAUCUGAAGUUGUGCAAGAAAUUCUAUUUUGGCAGAGCCAGACCAUUACCAUGAUGUACGGUGUAGUUGCAGAGGAACUCAAGUCUAUGCAACUUCAGGGCGUACAUCCUCAAGACUACCUCAAUUUCUACUGCAUCGGUAAGACCGAGGAAGCUCCCCCAGAAAUGUUGAGUGGCAAUGGUCAACAGGUCUCCGAAUCUGCGAAACGUCAGCGGUUCAUGAUUUAUGUCCACGCCAAGGGCAUGAUAGUGGAUGAUGAGUAUGUAAUCAUAGGAUCAGCUAAUAUCAACCAGAGAUCGAUGGCCGGUACCAAGGACACAGAGACUGCCAUGGGUGCGUAUCAGCCUCAUCACGCUUGGGCAGUGAACAAGAGACAUCCACGGGGCCAGGUUUGUGUUUCUUCCGAAUUAUGUCUAAUCAAGUUUUUUCUUUUUUGGUCACUUGCCGUAUGUUCUGGAAGAGGAGGGUGAAAUUGUAAGGUGGUGACUAGUAUCGGUGUGUUUCAGAUCUACGGAUAUAGAAUGUCUCUUUGGGCAGAGCAUCUAGGCGGAUUACAGCAGACGUUCGAAGAGCCCGAGAGUUUGGACUGCGUGAAGGCAGUGAACAACAUUGCUGAAGAGAACUGGAGGAAUUUCUCGGAUCCCGAUUUCUUGAAAUUGCAGGGGCAUCUCCUCAAGUAUCCCUACCAGGUUGAUAUGGAUGGAGCAGUAAGCCCCCUCCCUGGAAGUGAGAACUUCCCUGAUGUUGGUGGCAAAGUGCUUGGAGCUCAUUCCAUUAAGAUCCCUGACAUUCUAACGACCUGAUCGUUUUCUAAAGUGUCAAUACUGUGAAUGACUGUCUUGUUAGGUUUGUUUUGGUAUGUGCUCGUCGGAGUCUGUAUGUAAAAUUCUACAGGGUUAUUUUGUACAUGGUUUAUUGUUGUCCUUCGGGACAAGAAUAAAACUUGUAAUUGUUGUGUAUAUGAGAUGAGGGAGGACCUUCGUCUUUGAUUCUUUUAUCUUCAAUGUAUGAAGUAAUGAACCAGUUGGAUUGGAUAGUGAUUAAGGUCAAGAAAGGCAGACUGCACAGUAUUGGAAAUAUUGAUUGAGUUCAUCAAUAGGAAGGACAAUGGAUCCAGAACAGAUUGGGUAGUAUGGUGUGCAGGCUCACCUGCCUUGAGGUCUGCUACGGCUCUUAGUUAAUUGGCACAAGAUCUGACCUGCAUGGGACGGGUUUUAUCAGACCCUACUUAAACUCUGUACCAACAAACCAUUUCAUUGGAAUUCCAAUGUUCACAACUACGAUAACAAAUAAUGCACCUACUUUUUUUUUUUA